UUCUCACAGCUGACUAUGACUGUCUUGCUUAUUCCCUUAAAGUGUCUUUUCUACCUUGAAGUGAUAUUCACCCAACGGCUGUACUGAGAUAGUAUGAGAUUCAUCCCUUCAGAUGAUUUCUCUAGUGUCCGGGAGGCGGGACUUCCCUGAGAAGGGUCCUCUGCGCUGAGUGACAGCUGUAACAUCCAACUGGACUUACUGUAGAUUUCUUGUAAACGUUUCACUUGUUCUUCCAACGAGCUUUCUCAAUUCUGAGUGACUGUACAAGAAUUCUCUGGGAAUAAAUAUGUAACGGAAUCAACAUCUGGUUCUUCCCAAAGUUGUCUAUACUGGACUGUUUCCUCAACUUAACUUCCAAACAUCUCCGCAAACAGUUGCUUGAUAGUUGGAAAUGACAACACCCAACAAAACCCCACCUGGUGCCGACCCCAACCAGCUGAAAAGAACUGGAACUGUGCGAGAAAUUGGCUCUCAAGCUGUCUGGUCUUUGUCUUCUUGUAAACCAGGCUUUGGCGUCGAUCAGUUACGAGACGAUAAUCUUGAAACCUACUGGCAAUCUGAUGGCUCUCAACCUCACUUAGUGAACAUUCAAUUUCGACGCAAGACUACCGUGAAGGCUUUAUGUAUUUAUGCUGAUUAUAAGUCGGAUGAGAGCUACACACCAAGUAAAAUCUCGGUCAGAGUAGGUAACAACUUCCACAACCUACAAGAGAUUCGGAGACCUGCGGUGGACUUCGCAUAGGUCCUGUGACUGGCA